AACAAAAUUGCCGCCUUGAGGAGCCAAUACCUGUGUUAUUUGAAGCAGGAGGAGAUCCACAGUAAAAGUGGUACGGUCAUGACCACGACGUCCAGACCAUUCUGGGUGGCAUACAUAAAGUUCCUCAAGCCAUUUCUCCAGCUAUCUGCAGAGCAAAGUUCUUUGGACUACGACAUGAAUAAUCAAACGCAAGCAGAAACUGACUCAGAGGUGCCGUGCUAUUUAAGCGAGAUUCAAAGUGGACCCACUCCCUCGAUCGAUCCGCUCUUGGAGACUUUGGAGGAUGGUGUGGAUAGCACGCGAGUGAACAACAAACGCAAGUUCAAAGCAGACGUAGAGGCAUUCGGAGAGCUAAUAAAAGCCGAAAUGGAACAAAUUGAAGAUCCCAGCAAGCGCCGAGCCCUACGCAUGAAGCUGUUGAAAGUUAUAGCCGAAGGCGAGGACUAAAAUAUGUCAAACUCUACCACAAA